GCAUAUGCCAUUUGACCCAAUAUUGAUUUUCUGGAUCUGCAAAUUCUAACGCCGCGCGAUCGGAGAUUGUUAAGAGAGAAGAAGAAUCGAAAAUGGGUAGUUCUGGAUUCUCAUGGAAACUGGCCGAUCAUCCUAAGCUUCCUAAGGGAAAGACCAUCGCUUUGAUUGUUUUGGAUGGUUGGGGCGAAGCUAAAGCCAAUAAAUACAACUGUAUCCAUGUCGCCGAGACCCCUACAAUGGAUUCUCUGAAGCAGGGAGCUCCAGAUAGAUGGAGAUUAGUUAGGGCACAUGGAAAGGCUGUUGGGCUUCCUACUGAGGAUGAUAUGGGUAACAGUGAAGUGGGUCACAAUGCUCUUGGUGCUGGACGGAUUUAUGCUCAAGGGGCCAAGCUUGUUGAUCUUGCUCUUGCAUCUGGUAAGAUCUAUGAUGGAGAAGGAUUUGCUUAUAUUAAGCAGUCAUUUGAAACUGGUACAUUGCAUCUCAUUACUUUGUUGAGUGAUGGUGGUGUUCAUUCUCGAAUUGAUCAAUUGCUGCUUUUGCUAAAGGGUGCUGCUGAUAAAGGUGCCAAGAGGAUCCGAGUUCAUAUCCUCACUGACGGUCGUGAUGUCUUGGAUGGUUCGAGUAUAGGCUUUGUCGAAACACUUGAGGCUGAUCUAUCUGCACUGCGCAGUAAAGGCGUCGAUGCCCAGAUUGCAUCGGGUGGUGGUCGAAUGUAUGUUACAAUGGAUCGAUAUGAGAAUGAUUGGAGUGUUGUGAAACGUGGGUGGGAUGCUCAAGUUCUUGGUGAGGCUCCUCAUAAAUUCAAGAACGCAGUUGAAGCUGUGAAGAAAUUGAGGGAGAUUCCAAAGGCAAACGAUCAAUAUCUUGAGCCCUUUGUGAUUGUUGACGAACAAGGGAAAGCUGUUGGUCCGAUUGUUGAUGGAGAUGCAGUUGUGACUUGCAAUUUCCGAGCUGACAGAAUGACUAUGCUGGCUAAAGCUCUUGAAUAUGAAGAUUUCAACAUAUUUGAUCGCGUUCGUUUCCCUAAAAUUAAUUAUGCUGGUAUGCUUCAGUAUGACGGGGAACUAAAGCUUCCCAGCAAAUACCUUGUUUCUCCACCGGAGAUUGAGAGAACUUCUGGUGAAUAUUUGGUCCACAAUGGGGUUCACACUUUUGCUUGCAGUGAGACUGUGAAGUUUGGUCAUGUUACCUUCUUUUGGAAUGGGAAUCGUUCUGGAUACUUUAAUGAAGAGAUGGAAGAGUAUGUUGAGAUUCCAAGUGAUUCUGGAAUCACAUUUAAUGUUAAGCCUAAGAUGAAGGCUGUUGAGAUUGCUGAGAAGGCUAGGGAUGCUAUUCUAAGCGGCAAAUUUCACCAGGUUCGUGUCAACCUUCCUAAUGGUGACAUGGUGGGACACACUGGUGAUAUUGAUGCCACCGUUGUUGCUUGCAAAGCUGCAGAUGAAGCUGUCAAGAUUAUACUUGAUGCAAUUGAGCAAGUGGGAGGAAUAUAUGUGGUUACUGCCGAUCAUGGAAACGCAGAAGACAUGGUAAAGAGGAACAAGAAGGGAGAGCCAGAUCUUGAUAAAAAUGGAAAUGUUCAAAUUUUGACCUCUCACACUCUUGAACCUGUGCCUAUUGCAAUUGGAGGGCCAGGUUUGGCGGCUGGUGUGAGGUACAGGAAGGAUGUUCCAACUGGAGGACUUGCAAAUGUGGCUGCGACAGUGAUCAAUCUCCAUGGAUUUGAGGCACCUAGUGACUAUGAAACUACCCUAAUUGAGGUGGUCGACAACUAAAACCACAAAGCCAAAACAGACCAUCUUCGAGAAAGAAGGGUUUUUGACUUCUGUGUUAUUUUGUUCAUUUUUGUCUACUGAAAAUUUUAGCCUGUUGCGGUUCUUGUUAGGUCAAGAAUAAAUAAUGGAACUCAUCCUUAUUAUCGACCAAAACUUGAUCAAAAAAGAAGGAAGAACUUAUUCUUCUUCUUAUGAUAUUUAAUCAUUAGUUGGAACUAAAACUAUUAAAUGUUGGAAUGAGUUUUUUUUCUCUUUCCUUU